AUGGCGACUCUCGUCCCACUGGACAUGUCCAUGUAUGCAUGUAUGCUGUUUCUGCUGCUGCUGAAUGGACCUUUCUAUCCAUUUGGAAUGGGAGACAUUGUGACUGGAAAGCUAGAUGAUGGAAGCUCACCUGCUAUCUCUCUUCUACAACCCUUUAUAUUCUUUGGAAGAAUAUACAAUCAGACAUAUGUCAACAAUAAUGGAGACUUAACCUUUGAUCAGCCUUGGUACAGCUUCACUCCCUACCAGUUCCCUGCUCAUGGGGGGCGAGACAUCAUUGCUCCAUUCUGGACAGAUAUUGAUAACCGAGCAAAUGGCAUCAUCUCAUAUCAGCAGUACACUAGUGGCAGUGUUCUCACCCAGGCCACCCAACACAUCAACCAGUACUUCCCUCAGCUGAGAAUCAGAGCAACUUGGGUCUUUAUUGCAACAUGGGACAGAGUUGCUUACUACCCCAAUUCAGGCACAGAAACAUCUUUCCAAGUCGUUUUGAUAUCAGAUGGCAGUCACUCUUUUCUUCUGAUAAAUUAUGGACAGAUUGCUUUAAGAAACAUAAAUGUACAGGCAGGUUAUGACACUGGUAACUCCAGCUACUACUUCUCCAUUCCUGGGUCAUUUCAACACAACUACACAAACUUGACAUACAGCAGCAACGUGAAUGUGACAGGCAGAUGGGCCUUCCGUGUAGACCAGGGAUCACAAACAUGUCUGUUUAAUGGUGGUACUGUGCCACAGGGAAGCUCUUUUUGGACAGAUGCCUCUUGCCAGCAGAGAUGCACCUGUAGCAGCAGGGGUCUCCAGUGCAGUUCACAGCCCUGCACCUUCUCUCAAGCCUGCCGUCCUGCUGCUUUCCAGUACAGCUGCCAAAACAUUCAGCGCCAGACCUGUACCAUCUCUGGGGACCCCCACUACUACACCUUUGACAAUCAAAUCUUUCAUUUUCAAGGGACCUGCACCUACGUCCUGUCUGAGGUUUGUGGCAGGGGAUUACCAUAUUAUCGCAUUGAAGGCAAGAAUGAGAAUCGUGGUAGUACAAGUGUGGCAUGGACACGCCUGGUCAGAGUAUUUGUCUAUAACGAAGAACUGGAACUAGUGAAAGAUCAUCAAUAUCAGGCCAAGGUAAAUGGAAGCUUUGCAGCAGCACCUUUCAGCCUCCACAAUGGCUCCAUUCAAGUUUAUCAGUCUGGUUUCUCUGUGGCCAUCAGUACUGAUUUUGGAUUGGUUGUUACAUAUGAUUCAAAUCACUAUGUGACCAUCAGUGUACCUUACGACUACCAGAAUGCCACUUGUGGCCUGUGUGGCAACUUCAAUCACCAUCCAGAAGAUGACUUCCGCACACCAUCUGGACAGAUCUUGAGUUCAGAUCUGGACUUUGCAAACUCCUGGAAAGUACCAGGAGACAUAUAUCCUGUCUGUCAGAACACUCGGUGUUCAGGUUUGGCUUGUUCAUCUUGUACCACAGCUCAGACCAGUCUUUACAGGAGUGGAGCCUUCUGUGGAAUCCUAGCAAAUUCCAGUGGCCCUUUUUCCACUUGCCAAUCAAGGCUGGCACCCCAGAUAUUUACAGAGAACUGUGUUUAUGAUCUUUGUGUGGGAGGAGGAUACCAGCCAAUCCUGUGCCAGGCACUCAACGUGUAUGCUGCUCAGUGCCAGCAGCAGGGCAUUCAGCUGGGCCAGUGGAGGAGACCAGGAUUCUGUGAAAUCCCAUGUCCUGCCCACAGUCACUUUGAAACCCAGGGAACAAGCUGCCCUGCGACCUGCAGUAACCCUUCUGCACCUUCAAGCUGCCCCUUGCCAAACCAGGAGAGCUGUAUCUGUGAUGCAGGGUAUGUCCUGAGUGCUGGAGAAUGUGUUCCUGAAGCUAACUGUGGCUGCACUUUUGAAGGACUCUACUAUGCUGAAGGCCAGUCUGUGGUACUGGGUGCAGAUUGUGGAAGACAGUGCGUUUGCAGCAAUAGAGCAAUGAGCUGCCAGAAUCACCAGUGUGGUCGACAGGAGACGUGCGGAUUGUAUAACGGAGUAAGAGGUUGCAGACCCACCAGUUAUUCCACCUGCUUGGUGGAAGGACUAGGCACAUAUCACACCUUUGAUGGAGUGAUGUUCAGUUAUCCAGGAGCUUGUGGACUCACCCUGACUAGGGUAAUGGGGCCAUCCCAGCUACCAAACUUUGAAGUGACAGUGCAGAAAGUGCCCAGAGGUCCACAGGACUUUAUUAGGGUGCUGAGGUUUGACGCAGAGGGAACUCAGGUCUCUAUUGAGAUGGCAGAUGGAGGAAAAGCACAGGUGAGUGGACAAGUGGUUUCUCUUCCCUUCGCACUUGCCAGUGGUCGAAUCCUUAUCUACCACAGCAGUGUGAAAGGUAUCAUUAUGGAGACAACCUUUGGUGUAAUUGUGCGAGCAGACUGGCCACACCUAAUCAGAAUCACUGCACCCAGCACUUACAAUGGCUCACUUGGUGGUCUGUGUGGGAAUUUGAAUGGCAACCAGGCAGACGAGUUUUACAGCCCAGUCGGAGUCUUGCUUAAUGACUCACGGGUGUUUGGGGAUAGCUGGCGAGAUGGGUCCCUCUCAGCCUACUGCGUGGAGUCCGCAGGCAUCUGGCAAACGGGAUAUUAUCAGAAUACCAGCCAAUUCACACAGAACUGCAGCAUCAUGGCCUCAGCACGUGGACCAUUUGCUCAGUGUCACAGCAGCCUGGACCCUAGGCAAUGGGUAGCAGAUUGCACCCAUUCACUGGAACAGACCGGGGGAGCCAGAGAGUCCUUGUGCGAAGUGCUGAGAGGCUACUCUGUACUCUGCCAGCAAAAUGGUAUUAGAGUGGGAGAAUGGAGAAAUAUCACAAAGUGUGAGUUCCCCUGCCCAGUCAACAGCCACUAUGAGUUGUGUGGCACUUCCUGCCCUGCUGCGUGCCCUAGUCUAUCAUUCCCCUUCCUGUGUACCCAGCACUGCCAGGAAGGAUGUCAGUGUAACGAUGGGCUCUUGCUAAGUGGAGAACGCUGUGUGCCCCCCACGGGCUGUGGCUGUCUCCAUGAAGGGCGCUACAGGCAGGGUGGAGAGCGUUUCUGGUAUGGCGAGCAGUGCCAGUCUUUGUGUGACUGUGACGGGACCACAGGUUUAGUUCACUGUGUCCCAUCAUCUUGCAGCGGUCAGGAAACCUGCAGUAUUGUUGGGGGAGAAUUCGGCUGCCAUCCUCAACCCCGUGCCACGUGCUCUGCUUCAGGGGACCCCCACUACAUCUCUUUCGAUGGCCGCACAUUUGACUUCCAGGGCACAUGCCAAUACAUACUGGCAACUGUAUGCAAUAAUACUCGACGACUACCGUACUUCCAGGUUUCAGCAAGGAAUGAAGCAUGGAAUGGACUCCCAGUUUCAAUCACUGCUGAAGUUUACGUCAAUGUCUCAGGACAUCUGUUGCACAUCUCACGCGACAUGCAUGGCACUAUUGAGAUUGAUAACGAGACCAGGCACCUUCCUGUCCUGCUUGAUUCUGGCCGAGUGUCCAUUUACUCCAGUGAACAGAACACUUUCAUUUCAACUGACUUUGGCCUUAGUGUGAGUUAUGAUGGCUCAUGGGUGGUGCGCAUCACUGUGCCAGCAAAUUACAGUGGAGUCACAUGUGGUCUUUGCGGUAACUACAAUGGCCAGACACGUGACGAUUUCCUCACGCGUUCAGGUGCACUGGGCACUUCAGCUUCCCAGUUUGGAGCCAGCUGGAAAGUGCAGAAUGACACACUGUGCAGUGAUGGGUGUGGAGACUCCUGUCCAUCAUGUCCAGACCAAACUAGGGCACGGACUCAAUGUGAGAUCCUCAGAGACAGGCAGGGUCCCUUCGGCUUCUGCCAUGCCUAUGUGGGUCCUGAGGCCUACUUCAACAACUGUGCAUUUGAUGUUUGCCUCUCUGGGUACAGUAACGAUGUUCUGUGCCGUUCCAUCCAAACCUAUGUCAGUGCCUGCCAGUCUGCCAAAGCAACUAUCUACCCCUGGAGACAGAACACGACCUGCCGUGUGGAGUGUCCCGUGAACAGCCACUACGAGCUGUGUGGUACAGACUGUGGGCACACCUGUGCCAGCAGCGUUGAUGCUGUAUGUGAGAGGACAUGUUCAGAGGGCUGUUUCUGUAAUGAAGGCUUCGUGAGGAGUGGAGGUCUCUGUGUACCAGUGGAACAGUGUGGCUGCUUGUACAAUGGACUCUACUUUCAUAUUGGCAAUCAGUUCUGGACUCCAGGAUGUUUUCAACAUUGUGAGUGCUUUGCUCCUAAUGACCUGCGCUGCCUCUCCACCUCCUGCUCUCCCACUGAGGAGUGUGCAGUCAGGAAUGGCCAGCGUGGCUGCUACAGCCAAAUGUCCUCCUGCAUGGUGUGGGGGGACCCCCAUUACCUCACCUUUGAUGGAGCUCUGGCCACCUUUCAGGGUACUUGUUCAUAUGAGAUUUCUCAGACCUGUGGGUAUGUGGAUAAUAAUGAGCUGGGAUUCCGUGUGGUGGCCACCAACAUACACCGUGGGAACAUGGCCGUGUCCUUUGUGUCUGCAGUGGAUGUGUGGCUAAGUCAAGGAGCUCAGCACACACAGAUUUCCAUUGGACAAAAUGGGAGAGUGAAGGUUGAUGGGAAUAUUGUGAAUUCAUCUGCUUUUCAAAUCAGUUAUCUGGCAGAAGUUCAUCAGGAGCUAAAUUUUGUGGUUGUGAAUGCAUCAAGUAAGCUCCUGGUGUACUUUGAUGGUCGUUCUACACUUUCAGUGAGACUGGGCCCAAGAUUCCGUGGAUCUGUUUGUGGAGUGUGUGGAAACAAUAAUGGAGACCCAACAGAUGACAAGACUUUGCCCAGCGGAGCUCUGGCACCCAAUGACACUGCUUUCGGAAACAGCUGGAAAUCAAACACCAGCAGCCCAGGGUGUGGUGCUACUGACCAGACAGCAGAUCCUAAUACUUGUCCCUUUAGACUGAGGUACUCUGACCUCUGCAGCAUCAUCACUAACACCAGUGGACCCUUCCACCUCUGCCAUGGCCAUGUCAACCCUGCCCCUUACUUCACUUCCUGUGUUUAUGACCUUUGUGCCUACCCAUCAACCAGUGACAUGCUGUGUUCAGCUGUGGAGGCCUAUCAGGCUGCUUGUGUCAUGAUGCAGCUCCAGAUCUCAGACUGGCGUGUUGACCUGUCUUGCCGGCCUUUCUAUCCAUUUGGAGUUGGAGACAUAAUGAGUGAUGGACGCUCACCGGCUGUCUCUUUGGUGCAGCCGUUUUUAUUCUUUGGAAAAACAUACAGCCAAACAUAUAUCAAUGAGAACGGAUACUUAACCUUUGAUAAUGUGUGGGACAGCUGUGUUUCUUACCCUUUCCCUCGUCAUGGGGUGCCUGACAUCAUUGCUCCAUUCUGGACAUGCAUUUUUCGAGGAAGAGGAGUCAUCUCAUAUCGGCAGUACACUUCUGGCAGUGUUCUUACUCAAGCUACCCAAGAUAUUUACCAAUACUUUGCUCAGCUGAGAUUCAGAGCAACGUGGGUUUUUGUUACAACGUGGGCCAGAGUAGCUUACUAUCCCAACUCAGGAACAGAACCAUCUUUCCAAGUAGUUUUGAUUUCAGAUGGCCAUCUCUCCUUUAUACUGAUGAACUAUGGUCAGAUUGCUCCAACAAGUAUGUUGGUACAGGCUGGUUAUGGUACCGAUGACGGGAGUUACAAUUUCUCUAUCCCUGGGUCAUUUCAAUACAACUACACAAGCUUCACAAACAGCAGCAACGUGAACGUGACAGGCAGAUGGGCCUUCCGUGUAGACCAGGGAUCACAAACAUGUCUGUUUAAUGGUGGUACUGUGCCACAGAGAAGCUCUUUUUGGACAGAUGCCUCUUGCCAGCAGAGAUGCACCUGUAGCAGCAGGGGUCUCCAGUGCAGUUCACAGCCCUGCACCUUCUCUCAAGCCUGCCGUCCUGCUGCUUUCCAGUACAGCUGCCAAAACAUUCAGCGCCAGACCUGUACCAUCUCUGGGGACCCCCACUACUACACCUUUGACAAUCAAAUCUUUCAUUUUCAAGGGACCUGCACCUACGUCCUGUCUGAGGUUUGUGGCAGGGGAUUACCAUAUUAUCGCAUUGAAGGCAAGAAUGAGAAUCGUGGUAGUACAAGUGUGGCAUGGACACGCCUGGUCAGAGUAUUUGUCUAUAACGAAGAACUGGAACUAGUGAAAGAUCAUCAAUAUCAGGCCAAGGUAAAUGGAAGCUUUGCAGCAGCACCUUUCAGCCUCCACAAUGGCUCCAUUCAAGUUUAUCAGUCUGGUUUCUCUGUGGCCAUCAGUACUGAUUUUGGAUUGGUUGUUACAUAUGAUUCAAAUCACUAUGUGACCAUCAGUGUACCUUACGACUACCAGAAUGCCACUUGUGGCCUGUGUGGCAACUUCAAUCACCAUCCAGAAGAUGACUUCCGCACACCAUCUGGACAGAUCUUGAGUUCAGAUCUGGACUUUGCAAACUCCUGGAAAGUACCAGGAGACAUAUAUCCUGUCUGUCAGAACACUCGGUGUUCAGGUUUGGCUUGUUCAUCUUGUACCACAGCUCAGACCAGUCUUUACAGGAGUGGAGCCUUCUGUGGAAUCCUAGCAAAUUCCAGUGGCCCUUUUUCCACUUGCCAAUCAAGGCUGGCACCCCAGAUAUUUACAGAGAACUGUGUUUAUGAUCUUUGUGUGGGAGGAGGAUACCAGCCAAUCCUGUGCCAGGCACUCAACGUGUAUGCUGCUCAGUGCCAGCAGCAGGGCAUUCAGCUGGGCCAGUGGAGGAGACCAGGAUUCUGUGAAAUCCCAUGUCCUGCCCACAGUCACUUUGAAACCCAGGGAACAAGCUGCCCUGCGACCUGCAGUAACCCUUCUGCACCUUCAAGCUGCCCCUUGCCAAACCAGGAGAGCUGUAUCUGUGAUGCAGGGUAUGUCCUGAGUGCUGGAGAAUGUGUUCCUGAAGCUAACUGUGGCUGCACUUUUGAAGGACUCUACUAUGCUGAAGGCCAGUCUGUGGUACUGGGUGCAGAUUGUGGAAGACAGUGCGUUUGCAGCAAUAGAGCAAUGAGCUGCCAGAAUCACCAGUGUGGUCGACAGGAGACGUGCGGAUUGUAUAACGGAGUAAGAGGUUGCAGACCCACCAGUUAUUCCACCUGCUUGGUGGAAGGACUAGGCACAUAUCACACCUUUGAUGGAGUGAUGUUCAGUUAUCCAGGAGCUUGUGGACUCACCCUGACUAGGGUAAUGGGGCCAUCCCAGCUACCAAACUUUGAAGUGACAGUGCAGAAAGUGCCCAGAGGUCCACAGGACUUUAUUAGGGUGCUGAGGUUUGACGCAGAGGGAACUCAGGUCUCUAUUGAGAUGGCAGAUGGAGGAAAAGCACAGGUGAGUGGACAAGUGGUUUCUCUUCCCUUCGCACUUGCCAGUGGUCGAAUCCUUAUCUACCACAGCAGUGUGAAAGGUAUCAUUAUGGAGACAACCUUUGGUGUAAUUGUGCGAGCAGACUGGCCACACCUAAUCAGAAUCACUGCACCCAGCACUUACAAUGGCUCACUUGGUGGUCUGUGUGGGAAUUUGAAUGGCAACCAGGCAGACGAGUUUUACAGCCCAGUCGGAGUCUUGCUUAAUGACUCACGGGUGUUUGGGGAUAGCUGGCGAGAUGGGUCCCUCUCAGCCUACUGCGUGGAGUCCGCAGGCAUCUGGCAAACGGGAUAUUAUCAGAAUACCAGCCAAUUCACACAGAACUGCAGCAUCAUGGCCUCAGCACGUGGACCAUUUGCUCAGUGUCACAGCAGCCUGGACCCUAGGCAAUGGGUAGCAGAUUGCACCCAUUCACUGGAACAGACCGGGGGAGCCAGAGAGUCCUUGUGCGAAGUGCUGAGAGGCUACUCUGUACUCUGCCAGCAAAAUGGUAUUAGAGUGGGAGAAUGGAGAAAUAUCACAAAGUGUGAGUUCCCCUGCCCAGUCAACAGCCACUAUGAGUUGUGUGGCACUUCCUGCCCUGCUGCGUGCCCUAGUCUAUCAUUCCCCUUCCUGUGUACCCAGCACUGCCAGGAAGGAUGUCAGUGUAACGAUGGGUUCUUGCUAAGUGGAGAACGCUGUGUGCCCCCCACGGGCUGUGGCUGUCUCCAUGAAGGGCGCUACAGGCAGGGUGGAGAGCGUUUCUGGUAUGGCGAGCAGUGCCAGUCUUUGUGUGACUGUGACGGGACCACAGGUUUAGUUCACUGUGUCCCAUCAUCUUGCAGCGGUCAGGAAACCUGCAGUAUUGUUGGGGGAGAAUUCGGCUGCCAUCCUCAACCCCGUGCCACGUGCUCUGCUUCAGGGGACCCCCACUACAUCUCUUUCGAUGGCCGCACAUUUGACUUCCAGGGCACAUGCCAAUACAUACUGGCAACUGUAUGCAAUAAUACUCGACGACUACCGUACUUCCAGGUUUCAGCAAGGAAUGAAGCAUGGAAUGGACUCCCAGUUUCAAUCACUGCUGAAGUUUACGUCAAUGUCUCAGGACAUCUGUUGCACAUCUCACGCGACAUGCAUGGCACUAUUGAGAUUGAUAACGAGACCAGGCACCUUCCUGUCCUGCUUGAUUCUGGCCGAGUGUCCAUUUACUCCAGUGAACAGAACACUUUCAUUUCAACUGACUUUGGCCUUAGUGUGAGUUAUGAUGGCUCAUGGGUGGUGCGCAUCACUGUGCCAGCAAAUUACAGUGGAGUCACAUGUGGUCUUUGCGGUAACUACAAUGGCCAGACACGUGACGAUUUCCUCACGCGUUCAGGUGCACUGGGCACUUCAGCUUCCCAGUUUGGAGCCAGCUGGAAAGUGCAGAAUGACACACUGUGCAGUGAUGGGUGUGGAGACUCCUGUCCAUCAUGUCCAGACCAAACUAGGGCACGGACUCAAUGUGAGAUCCUCAGAGACAGGCAGGGUCCCUUCGGCUUCUGCCAUGCCUAUGUGGGUCCUGAGGCCUACUUCAACAACUGUGCAUUUGAUGUUUGCCUCUCUGGGUACAGUAACGAUGUUCUGUGCCGUUCCAUCCAAACCUAUGUCAGUGCCUGCCAGUCUGCCAAAGCAACUAUCUACCCCUGGAGACAGAACACGACCUGCCGCGUGGAGUGUCCCGUGAACAGCCACUACGAGCUGUGUGGUACAGACUGUGGGCACACCUGUGCCAGCAGCGUUGAUGCUGUAUGUGAGAGGACAUGUUCAGAGGGCUGUUUCUGUAAUGAAGGCUUCGUGAGGAGUGGAGGUCUCUGUGUACCAGUGGAACAGUGUGGCUGCUUGUACAAUGGACUCUACUUUCAUAUUGGCAAUCAGUUCUGGACUCCAGGAUGUUUUCAACAUUGUGAGUGCUUUGCUCCUAAUGACCUGCGCUGCCUCUCCACCUCCUGCUCUCCCACUGAGGAGUGUGCAGUCAGGAAUGGCCAGCGUGGCUGCUACAGCCAAAUGUCCUCCUGCAUGGUGUGGGGGGACCCCCAUUACCUCACCUUUGAUGGAGCUCUGGCCACCUUUCAGGGUACUUGUUCAUAUGAGAUUUCUCAGACCUGUGGGUAUGUGGAUAAUAAUGAGCUGGGAUUCCGUGUGGUGGCCACCAACAUACACCGUGGGAACAUGGCCGUGUCCUUUGUGUCUGCAGUGGAUGUGUGGCUAAGUCAAGGAGCUCAGCACACACAGAUUUCCAUUGGACAAAAUGGGAGAGUGAAGGUUGAUGGGAAUAUUGUGAAUUCAUCUGCUUUUCAAAUCAGUUAUCUGGCAGAAGUUCAUCAGGAGCUAAAUUUUGUGGUUGUGAAUGCAUCAAGUAAGCUCCUGGUGUACUUUGAUGGUCGUUCUACACUUUCAGUGAGACUGGGCCCAAGAUUCCGUGGAUCUGUUUGUGGAGUGUGUGGAAACAAUAAUGGAGACCCAACAGAUGACAAGACUUUGCCCAGCGGAGCUCUGGCACCCAAUGACACUGCUUUCGGAAACAGCUGGAAAUCAAACACCAGCAGCCCAGGGUGUGGUGCUACUGACCAGACAGCAGAUCCUAAUACUUGUCCCUUUAGACUGAGGUACUCUGACCUCUGCAGCAUCAUCACUAACACCAGUGGACCCUUCCACCUCUGCCAUGGCCAUGUCAACCCUGCCCCUUACUUCACUUCCUGUGUGUAUGACCUUUGUGCCUACCCAUCAACCAGUGACAUGCUGUGUUCAGCUGUGGAGGCCUAUCAGGCUGCUUGUGUCAUGAUGCAGCUCCAGAUCUCAGACUGGCGUGCUGACCUGUCUUGCCGGCCUUUCUAUCCAUUUGGAGUUGGAGACAUAAUGAGUGAUGGACGCUCACCGGCUGUCUCUUUGGUGCAGCCGUUUUUAUUCUUUGGAAAAACAUACAGCCAAACAUAUAUCAAUGAGAACGGAUACUUAACCUUUGAUAAUGUGUGGGACAGCUGUGUUUCUUACCCUUUCCCUCGUCAUGGGGUGCCUGACAUCAUUGCUCCAUUCUGGACAUGCAUUUUUCGAGGAAGAGGAGUCAUCUCAUAUCGGCAGUACACUUCUGGCAGUGUUCUUACUCAAGCUACCCAAGAUAUUUACCAAUACUUUGCUCAGCUGAGAUUCAGAGCAACGUGGGUUUUUGUUACAACGUGGGCCAGAGUAGCUUACUAUCCCAACUCAGGAACAGAACCAUCUUUCCAAGUAGUUUUGAUUUCAGAUGGCCAUCUCUCCUUUAUACUGAUGAACUAUGGUCAGAUUGCUCCAACAAGUAUGUUGGUACAGGCUGGUUAUGGUACCGAUGACGGGAGUUACAAUUUCUCUAUCCCUGGGUCAUUUCAAUACAACUACACAAGCUUCACAAACAGCAGCAACGUGAACGUGACAGGCAGAUGGGCCUUCCGUGUAGACCAGGGAUCACAAACAUGUCUGUUUAAUGGUGGUACUGUGCCACAGAGAAGCUCUUUUUGGACAGAUGCCUCUUGCCAGCAGAGAUGCACCUGUAGCAGCAGGGGUCUCCAGUGCAGUUCACAGCCCUGCACCUUCUCUCAAGCCUGCCGUCCUGCUGCUUUCCAGUACAGCUGCCAAAACAUUCAGCGCCAGACCUGUACCAUCUCUGGGGACCCCCACUACUACACCUUUGACAAUCAAAUCUUUCAUUUUCAAGGGACCUGCACCUACGUCCUGUCUGAGGUUUGUGGCAGGGGAUUACCAUAUUAUCGCAUUGAAGGCAAGAAUGAGAAUCGUGGUAGUACAAGUGUGGCAUGGACACGCCUGGUCAGAGUAUUUGUCUAUAACGAAGAACUGGAACUAGUGAAAGAUCAUCAAUAUCAGGCCAAGGUAAAUGGAAGCUUUGCAGCAGCACCUUUCAGCCUCCACAAUGGCUCCAUUCAAGUUUAUCAGUCUGGUUUCUCUGUGGCCAUCAGUACUGAUUUUGGAUUGGUUGUUACAUAUGAUUCAAAUCACUAUGUGACCAUCAGUGUACCUUACGACUACCAGAAUGCCACUUGUGGCCUGUGUGGCAACUUCAAUCACCAUCCAGAAGAUGACUUCCGCACACCAUCUGGACAGAUCUUGAGUUCAGAUCUGGACUUUGCAAACUCCUGGAAAGUACCAGGAGACAUAUAUCCUGUCUGUCAGAACACUCGGUGUUCAGGUUUGGCUUGUUCAUCUUGUACCACAGCUCAGACCAGUCUUUACAGGAGUGGAGCCUUCUGUGGAAUCCUAGCAAAUUCCAGUGGCCCUUUUUCCACUUGCCAAUCAAGGCUGGCACCCCAGAUAUUUACAGAGAACUGUGUUUAUGAUCUUUGUGUGGGAGGAGGAUACCAGCCAAUCCUGUGCCAGGCACUCAACGUGUAUGCUGCUCAGUGCCAGCAGCAGGGCAUUCAGCUGGGCCAGUGGAGGAGACCAGGAUUCUGUGAAAUCCCAUGUCCUGCCCACAGUCACUUUGAAACCCAGGGAACAAGCUGCCCUGCGACCUGCAGUAACCCUUCUGCACCUUCAAGCUGCCCCUUGCCAAACCAGGAGAGCUGUAUCUGUGAUGCAGGGUAUGUCCUGAGUGCUGGAGAAUGUGUUCCUGAAGCUAACUGUGGCUGCACUUUUGAAGGACUCUACUAUGCUGAAGGCCAGUCUGUGGUACUGGGUGCAGAUUGUGGAAGACAGUGCGUUUGCAGCAAUAGAGCAAUGAGCUGCCAGAAUCACCAGUGUGGUCGACAGGAGACGUGCGGAUUGUAUAACGGAGUAAGAGGUUGCAGACCCACCAGUUAUUCCACCUGCUUGGUGGAAGGACUAGGCACAUAUCACACCUUUGAUGGAGUGAUGUUCAGUUAUCCAGGAGCUUGUGGACUCACCCUGACUAGGGUAAUGGGGCCAUCCCAGCUACCAAACUUUGAAGUGACAGUGCAGAAAGUGCCCAGAGGUCCACAGGACUUUAUUAGGGUGCUGAGGUUUGACGCAGAGGGAACUCAGGUCUCUAUUGAGAUGGCAGAUGGAGGAAAAGCACAGGUGAGUGGACAAGUGGUUUCUCUUCCCUUCGCACUUGCCAGUGGUCGAAUCCUUAUCUACCACAGCAGUGUGAAAGGUAUCAUUAUGGAGACAACCUUUGGUGUAAUUGUGCGAGCAGACUGGCCACACCUAAUCAGAAUCACUGCACCCAGCACUUACAAUGGCUCACUUGGUGGUCUGUGUGGGAAUUUGAAUGGCAACCAGGCAGACGAGUUUUACAGCCCAGUCGGAGUCUUGCUUAAUGACUCACGGGUGUUUGGGGAUAGCUGGCGAGAUGGGUCCCUCUCAGCCUACUGCGUGGAGUCCGCAGGCAUCUGGCAAACGGGAUAUUAUCAGAAUACCAGCCAAUUCACACAGAACUGCAGCAUCAUGGCCUCAGCACGUGGACCAUUUGCUCAGUGUCACAGCAGCCUGGACCCUAGGCAAUGGGUAGCAGAUUGCACCCAUUCACUGGAACAGACCGGGGGAGCCAGAGAGUCCUUGUGCGAAGUGCUGAGAGGCUACUCUGUACUCUGCCAGCAAAAUGGUAUUAGAGUGGGAGAAUGGAGAAAUAUCACAAAGUGUGAGUUCCCCUGCCCAGUCAACAGCCACUAUGAGUUGUGUGGCACUUCCUGCCCUGCUGCGUGCCCUAGUCUAUCAUUCCCCUUCCUGUGUACCCAGCACUGCCAGGAAGGAUGUCAGUGUAACGAUGGGCUCUUGCUAAGUGGAGAACGCUGUGUGCCCCCCACGGGCUGUGGCUGUCUCCAUGAAGGGCGCUACAGGCAGGGUGGAGAGCGUUUCUGGUAUGGCGAGCAGUGCCAGUCUUUGUGUGACUGUGACGGGACCACAGGUUUAGUUCACUGUGUCCCAUCAUCUUGCAGCGGUCAGGAAACCUGCAGUAUUGUUGGGGGAGAAUUCGGCUGCCAUCCUCAACCCCGUGCCACGUGCUCUGCUUCAGGGGACCCCCACUACAUCUCUUUCGAUGGCCGCACAUUUGACUUCCAGGGCACAUGCCAAUACAUACUGGCAACUGUAUGCAAUAAUACUCGACGACUACCGUACUUCCAGGUUUCAGCAAGGAAUGAAGCAUGGAAUGGACUCCCAGUUUCAAUCACUGCUGAAGUUUACGUCAAUGUCUCAGGACAUCUGUUGCACAUCUCACGCGACAUGCAUGGCACUAUUGAGAUUGAUAACGAGACCAGGCACCUUCCUGUCCUGCUUGAUUCUGGCCGAGUGUCCAUUUACUCCAGUGAACAGAACACUUUCAUUUCAACUGACUUUGGCCUUAGUGUGAGUUAUGAUGGCUCAUGGGUGGUGCGCAUCACUGUGCCAGCAAAUUACAGUGGAGUCACAUGUGGUCUUUGCGGUAACUACAAUGGCCAGACACGUGACGAUUUCCUCACGCGUUCAGGUGCACUGGGCACUUCAGCUUCCCAGUUUGGAGCCAGCUGGAAAGUGCAGAAUGACACACUGUGCAGUGAUGGGUGUGGAGACUCCUGUCCAUCAUGUCCAGACCAAACUAGGGCACGGACUCAAUGUGAGAUCCUCAGAGACAGGCAGGGUCCCUUCGGCUUCUGCCAUGCCUAUGUGGGUCCUGAGGCCUACUUCAACAACUGUGCAUUUGAUGUUUGCCUCUCUGGGUACAGUAACGAUGUUCUGUGCCGUUCCAUCCAAACCUAUGUCAGUGCCUGCCAGUCUGCCAAAGCAACUAUCUACCCCUGGAGACAGAACACGACCUGCCGCGUGGAGUGUCCCGUGAACAGCCACUACGAGCUGUGUGGUACAGACUGUGGGCACACCUGUGCCAGCAGCGUUGAUGCUGUAUGUGAGAGGACAUGUUCAGAGGGCUGUUUCUGUAAUGAAGGCUUCGUGAGGAGUGGAGGUCUCUGUGUACCAGUGGAACAGUGUGGCUGCUUGUACAAUGGACUCUACUUUCAUAUUGGCAAUCAGUUCUGGACUCCAGGAUGUUUUCAACAUUGUGAGUGCUUUGCUCCUAAUGACCUGCGCUGCCUCUCCACCUCCUGCUCUCCCACUGAGGAGUGUGCAGUCAGGAAUGGCCAGCGUGGCUGCUACAGCCAAAUGUCCUCCUGCAUGGUGUGGGGGGACCCCCAUUACCUCACCUUUGAUGGAGCUCUGGCCACCUUUCAGGGUACUUGUUCAUAUGAGAUUUCUCAGACCUGUGGGUAUGUGGAUAAUAAUGAGCUGGGAUUCCGUGUGGUGGCCACCAACAUACACCGUGGGAACAUGGCCGUGUCCUUUGUGUCUGCAGUGGAUGUGUGGCUAAGUCAAGGAGCUCAGCACACACAGAUUUCCAUUGGACAAAAUGGGAGAGUGAAGGUUGAUGGGAAUAUUGUGAAUUCAUCUGCUUUUCAAAUCAGUUAUCUGGCAGAAGUUCAUCAGGAGCUAAAUUUUGUGGUUGUGAAUGCAUCAAGUAAGCUCCUGGUGUACUUUGAUGGUCGUUCUACACUUUCAGUGAGACUGGGCCCAAGAUUCCGUGGAUCUGUUUGUGGAGUGUGUGGAAACAAUAAUGGAGACCCAACAGAUGACAAGACUUUGCCCAGCGGAGCUCUGGCACCCAAUGACACUGCUUUCGGAAACAGCUGGAAAUCAAACACCAGCAGCCCAGGGUGUGGUGCUACUGACCAGACAGCAGAUCCUAAUACUUGUCCCUUUAGACUGAGGUACUCUGACCUCUGCAGCAUCAUCACUAACACCAGUGGACCCUUCCACCUCUGCCAUGGCCAUGUCAACCCUGCCCCUUACUUCACUUCCUGUGUUUAUGACCUUUGUGCCUACCCAUCAACCAGUGACAUGCUGUGUUCAGCUGUGGAGGCCUAUCAGGCUGCUUGUGUCAUGAUGCAGCUCCAGAUCUCAGACUGGCGUGCUGACCUGUCUUGCCGGCCUUUCUAUCCAUUUGGAGUUGGAGACAUAAUGAGUGAUGGACGCUCACCGGCUGUCUCUUUGGUGCAGCCGUUUUUAUUCUUUGGAAAAACAUACAGCCAAACAUAUAUCAAUGAGAACGGAUACUUAACCUUUGAUAAUGUGUGGGACAGCUGUGUUUCUUACCCUUUCCCUCGUCAUGGGGUGCCUGACAUCAUUGCUCCAUUCUGGACAUGCAUUUUUCGAGGAAGAGGAGUCAUCUCAUAUCGGCAGUACACUUCUGGCAGUGUUCUUACUCAAGCUACCCAAGAUAUUUACCAAUACUUUGCUCAGCUGAGAUUCAGAGCAACGUGGGUUUUUGUUACAACGUGGGCCAGAGUAGCUUACUAUCCCAACUCAGGAACAGAACCAUCUUUCCAAGUAGUUUUGAUUUCAGAUGGCCAUCUCUCCUUUAUACUGAUGAACUAUGGUCAGAUUGCUCCAACAAGUAUGUUGGUACAGGCUGGUUAUGGUACCGAUGACGGGAGUUACAAUUUCUCUAUUCCUGGGUCAUUUCAAUACAACUACACAAGCUUCACAAACAGCAGCAACGUGAACGUGACAGGCAGAUGGGCCUUCCGUGUAGACCAGGGAUCACAAACAUGUCUGUUUAAUGGUGGUACUGUGCCACAGAGAAGCUCUUUUUGGACAGAUGCCUCUUGCCAGCAGAGAUGCACCUGUAGCAGCAGGGGUCUCCAGUGCAGUUCACAGCCCUGCACCUUCUCUCAAGCCUGCCGUCCUGCUGCUUUCCAGUACAGCUGCCAAAACAUUCAGCGCCAGACCUGUACCAUCUCUGGGGACCCCCACUACUACACCUUUGACAAUCAAAUCUUUCAUUUUCAAGGGACCUGCACCUACGUCCUGUCUGAGGUUUGUGGCAGGGGAUUACCAUAUUAUCGCAUUGAAGGCAAGAAUGAGAAUCGUGGUAGUACAAGUGUGGCAUGGACACGCCUGGUCAGAGUAUUUGUCUAUAACGAAGAACUGGAACUAGUGAAAGAUCAUCAAUAUCAGGCCAAGGUAAAUGGAAGCUUUGCAGCAGCACCUUUCAGCCUCCACAAUGGCUCCAUUCAAGUUUAUCAGUCUGGUUUCUCUGUGGCCAUCAGUACUGAUUUUGGAUUGGUUGUUACAUAUGAUUCAAAUCACUAUGUGACCAUCAGUGUACCUUACGACUACCAGAAUGCCACUUGUGGCCUGUGUGGCAACUUCAAUCACCAUCCAGAAGAUGACUUCCGCACACCAUCUGGACAGAUCUUGAGUUCAGAUCUGGACUUUGCAAACUCCUGGAAAGUACCAGGAGACAUAUAUCCUGUCUGUCAGAACACUCGGUGUUCAGGUUUGGCUUGUUCAUCUUGUACCACAGCUCAGACCAGUCUUUACAGGAGUGGAGCCUUCUGUGGAAUCCUAGCAAAUUCCAGUGGCCCUUUUUCCACUUGCCAAUCAAGGCUGGCACCCCAGAUAUUUACAGAGAACUGUGUUUAUGAUCUUUGUGUGGGAGGAGGAUACCAGCCAAUCCUGUGCCAGGCACUCAACGUGUAUGCUGCUCAGUGCCAGCAGCAGGGCAUUCAGCUGGGCCAGUGGAGGAGACCAGGAUUCUGUGAAAUCCCAUGUCCUGCCCACAGUCACUUUGAAACCCAGGGAACAAGCUGCCCUGCGACCUGCAGUAACCCUUCUGCACCUUCAAGCUGCCCCUUGCCAAACCAGGAGAGCUGUAUCUGUGAUGCAGGGUAUGUCCUGAGUGCUGGAGAAUGUGUUCCUGAAGCUAACUGUGGCUGCACUUUUGAAGGACUCUACUAUGCUGAAGGCCAGUCUGUGGUACUGGGUGCAGAUUGUGGAAGACAGUGCGUUUGCAGCAAUAGAGCAAUGAGCUGCCAGAAUCACCAGUGUGGUCGACAGGAGACGUGCGGAUUGUAUAACGGAGUAAGAGGUUGCAGACCCACCAGUUAUUCCACCUGCUUGGUGGAAGGACUAGGCACAUAUCACACCUUUGAUGGAGUGAUGUUCAGUUAUCCAGGAGCUUGUGGACUCACCCUGACUAGGGUAAUGGGGCCAUCCCAGCUACCAAACUUUGAAGUGACAGUGCAGAAAGUGCCCAGAGGUCCACAGGACUUUAUUAGGGUGCUGAGGUUUGACGCAGAGGGAACUCAGGUCUCUAUUGAGAUGGCAGAUGGAGGAAAAGCACAGGUGAGUGGACAAGUGGUUUCUCUUCCCUUCGCACUUGCCAGUGGUCGAAUCCUUAUCUACCACAGCAGUGUGAAAGGUAUCAUUAUGGAGACAACCUUUGGUGUAAUUGUGCGAGCAGACUGGCCACACCUAAUCAGAAUCACUGCACCCAGCACUUACAAUGGCUCACUUGGUGGUCUGUGUGGGAAUUUGAAUGGCAACCAGGCAGACGAGUUUUACAGCCCAGUCGGAGUCUUGCUUAAUGACUCACGGGGGUUUGGGGAUAGCUGGCGAGAUGGGUCCCUCUCAGCCUACUGCAUGGAGUCCGCAGGCAUCUGGCAAACGGGAUAUUAUCAGAAUACCAGCCAAUUCACACAGAACUGCAGCAUCAUGGCCUCAGCACGUGGACCAUUUGCUCAGUGUCACAGCAGCCUGGACCCUAGGCAAUGGGUAGCAGAUUGCACCCAUUCACUGGAACAGACCGGGGGAGCCAGAGAGUCCUUGUGCGAAGUGCUGAGAGGCUACUCUGUACUCUGCCAGCAAAAUGGUAUUAGAGUGGGAGAAUGGAGAAAUAUCACAAAGUGUGAGUUCCCCUGCCCAGUCAACAGCCACUAUGAGUUGUGUGGCACUUCCUGCCCUGCUGCGUGCCCUAGUCUAUCAUUCCCCUUCCUGUGUACCCAGCACUGCCAGGAAGGAUGUCAGUGUAACGAUGGGCUCUUGCUAAGUGGAGAACGCUGUGUGCCCCCCACGGGCUGUGGCUGUCUCCAUGAAGGGCGCUACAGGCAGGGUGGAGAGCGUUUCUGGUAUGGCGAGCAGUGCCAGUCUUUGUGUGACUGUGACGGGACCACAGGUUUAGUUCACUGUGUCCCAUCAUCUUGCAGCGGUCAGGAAACCUGCAGUAUUGUUGGGGGAGAAUUCGGCUGCCAUCCUCAACCCCGUGCCACGUGCUCUGCUUCAGGGGACCCCCACUACAUCUCUUUCGAUGGCCGCACAUUUGACUUCCAGGGCACAUGCCAAUACAUACUGGCAACUGUAUGCAAUAAUACUCGACGACUACCGUACUUCCAGGUUUCAGCAAGGAAUGAAGCAUGGAAUGGACUCCCAGUUUCAAUCACUGCUGAAGUUUACGUCAAUGUCUCAGGACAUCUGUUGCACAUCUCACGCGACAUGCAUGGCACUAUUGAGAUUGAUAACGAGACCAGGCACCUUCCUGUCCUGCUUGAUUCUGGCCGAGUGUCCAUUUACUCCAGUGAACAGAACACUUUCAUUUCAACUGACUUUGGCCUUAGUGUGAGUUAUGAUGGCUCAUGGGUGGUGCGCAUCACUGUGCCAGCAAAUUACAGUGGAGUCACAUGUGGUCUUUGCGGUAACUACAAUGGCCAGACACGUGACGAUUUCCUCACGCGUUCAGGUGCACUGGGCACUUCAGCUUCCCAGUUUGGAGCCAGCUGGAAAGUGCAGAAUGACACACUGUGCAGUGAUGGGUGUGGAGACUCCUGUCCAUCAUGUCCAGACCAAACUAGGGCACGGACUCAAUGUGAGAUCCUCAGAGACAGGCAGGGUCCCUUCGGCUUCUGCCAUGCCUAUGUGGGUCCUGAGGCCUACUUCAACAACUGUGCAUUUGAUGUUUGCCUCUCUGGGUACAGUAACGAUGUUCUGUGCCGUUCCAUCCAAACCUAUGUCAGUGCCUGCCAGUCUGCCAAAGCAACUAUCUACCCCUGGAGACAGAACACGACCUGCCGCGUGGAGUGUCCCGUGAACAGCCACUACGAGCUGUGUGGUACAGACUGUGGGCACACCUGUGCCAGCAGCGUUGAUGCUGUAUGUGAGAGGACAUGUUCAGAGGGCUGUUUCUGUAAUGAAGGCUUCGUGAGGAGUGGAGGUCUCUGUGUACCAGUGGAACAGUGUGGCUGCUUGUACAAUGGACUCUACUUUCAUAUUGGCAAUCAGUUCUGGACUCCAGGAUGUUUUCAACAUUGUGAGUGCUUUGCUCCUAAUGACCUGCGCUGCCUCUCCACCUCCUGCUCUCCCACUGAGGAGUGUGCAGUCAGGAAUGGCCAGCGUGGCUGCUACAGCCAAAUGUCCUCCUGCAUGGUGUGGGGGGACCCCCAUUACCUCACCUUUGAUGGAGCUCUGGCCACCUUUCAGGGUACUUGUUCAUAUGAGAUUUCUCAGACCUGUGGGUAUGUGGAUAAUAAUGAGCUGGGAUUCCGUGUGGUGGCCACCAACAUACACCGUGGGAACAUGGCCGUGUCCUUUGUGUCUGCAGUGGAUGUGUGGCUAAGUCAAGGAGCUCAGCACACACAGAUUUCCAUUGGACAAAAUGGGAGAGUGAAGGUUGAUGGGAAUAUUGUGAAUUCAUCUGCUUUUCAAAUCAGUUAUCUGGCAGAAGUUCAUCAGGAGCUAAAUUUUGUGGUUGUGAAUGCAUCAAGUAAGCUCCUGGUGUACUUUGAUGGUCGUUCUACACUUUCAGUGAGACUGGGCCCAAGAUUCCGUGGAUCUGUUUGUGGAGUGUGUGGAAACAAUAAUGGAGACCCAACAGAUGACAAGACUUUGCCCAGCGGAGCUCUGGCACCCAAUGACACUGCUUUCGGAAACAGCUGGAAAUCAAACACCAGCAGCCCAGGGUGUGGUGCUACUGACCAGACAGCAGAUCCUAAUACUUGUCCCUUUAGACUGAGGUACUCUGACCUCUGCAGCAUCAUCACUAACACCAGUGGACCCUUCCACCUCUGCCAUGGCCAUGUCAACCCUGCCCCUUACUUCACUUCCUGUGUGUAUGACCUUUGUGCCUACCCAUCAACCAGUGACAUGCUGUGUUCAGCUGUGGAGGCCUAUCAGGCUGCUUGUGUCAUGAUGCAGCUCCAGAUCUCAGACUGGCGUGCUGACCUGUCUUGCCCGUGGGUGGACCCCUGUGUGGAGCUGAACUGCACUGAAGAUGAGUGGUGUGGGGAGACAGAUGGUGUCUAUGGCUGCUUCUGUAUUCAGGAUCAUCGUCGACCACACCCCGAGUCUUAUGAUGCUAUUGAAGUGUGUGAGGGCAGCUCUGGCACCAUAUCUCUGUCCCGCUGUCAGCUCUUUGAAGCUGGUUUCCCUGGAAACAGCCUGCACCUGAAUGACCCCAGCUGCAGAGGAACAGUCACAAAUGGAAGACUGGUGUUACAUUUUGAUAAUGAUAAACAUGUCUGUGGCACAAACCUCAUGACCAACGGCACCCACUUUAUCUAUGAAAACACUAUCCAGGGCAGACUCAACUCAUCAAGAAGCCCCUUUAAUAAACAUAAAAAGCUGGAAAUGCCCUUCUCCUGCAUCUACCAGCUCACUCAGACACUGACUAUGAAAACAGAACUCCACCCUUUGUGGAGCAUAGUACACAAGACCCUUCCUGAUGGUGUGGGGAUGUACCAGGUCAGGAUGAUUCCCUAUAAGGAUGCUGGUUUCUCCCACCCUUACAAUGGCAGAGCAAACAUAGAGGUCGACCAGAGGAUCUAUGUGGCAGUGUUUGUUCAAGGAGUGGACAGCCAUCAAAUUGCUAUAGUAAUUGAUUCAUGUUGGGCCACUCCUGAGAAUGACCGCAACUAUACUGUCCGCUGGGACCUCAUCAUUAAUACGUGUCCUAAUCCAGAUGAUAACUCAGUGGAAGUGCUUCAGAACGGUGUCUCCACAACCGCCCGCUUCCUCUUCAAGAUGUUUGCUUUUGACGAUUACCCCAAGGUCUUCCUUCACUGCUCCAUUCACCUUUGUCUACUGCAAAACAACAACUGUGCAGUGCAUUGUCAGCCUGGAUACCACCACAGAGCUGAGAGGUCUGUGGAUGCCCAUGACACCUCCUCCAUCUCCAUGGGGCCUUUUAUCAGGACUGAGAGAAGCAGAGGCAUAUAGGUUUUAAAACUAGUCAGAGUGUCUUUGUGGAUCUCCUAACUGUAUGGAUCAUUCACUGAAG